AUGAUUGAGAUAGACCAUACUGCUGUCAACAAUCCGGAUCCACCGCUUCCCGAGCCGGCGAAGCCAAUCCUCGCUUCUCAACUCCUGGAACUUGAGAAAGAUCAGAGAAAGAGAUUCACCGAGGGAGGCAGGAAUGAGAGAAUCUCAAGCGGAUGUAGUGAGAUUGAUGAGAUCCUGGGAGGAGGAUGUGAACGAGGCAUUGUGGUUGGACUCAGUGCAGAAGGCAGCGAGGGUCGAUUUAUUUCACUACACCUCCUAGCAUCAAUUCUUCUCUAUAAUCUCGCCUCAUCAUCAAAUCUUUCCAGCAGACCAAGUGCAAUAAUAGUCGACACAACAGGCUCCUUCCCGGUGCCCCUCCUCGCCAAAGUCCUCAAAGCACGACUCAUCUCAUCACGUGCUGCAUCCACCACUGCUGCAGUACAAACCGGAAAUUAUGACAUUUCAGGCCAAAAGCUAGCUGUGACAGAUGGAGAAGUAGAGAAAGGUGUCCAACGAUGUCUAGAGAUGGUAGCCAUCAGUCGAGUCUUCGACAUCGAAGGUCUUUGGGAAGUGCUUGGAGAAGUAGGGCGGGACGGUACUUCUCACGAUGACUCCGACACUCCCGUAUCAACCCAUGAUCCAACUACAAGCGAACGAAGUCCACAAAGGCCAACAGAAAUAGCCGACAGCGAAGCAGAGCUUACUCCCGAAGCGGCCACCCCCCUUCCACCUUCACAGAAUAAAACCGAACAAGAUCUUGGCAUCGAGAUAAUAAUCAUCGACAAUAUCACACACCUCAUCACCUCCCUCCUUGCCCGAAAAGAGAAAUCCGAAGCCCACAGCCUCCUCACACUCCUCUCCUUGACCCUGCACACCAUGACCCACACUCACAACAUCCUCACCCUGCUCCACAACUCCACCGUACCAACAAAAUCCUCCACGUCCACCUCGAAUUACACCUACCCCACCACAACCUCUAAUCUUACCACGUCCCGAAAUCAAAAUCAUCAGAGCAGACAACCACAAACCCCCACCUCGAUCUUCCUUUCCAACCCCACGAAACCCGCACUGGGACAGAUCUUCACGCAAUUCCCCGAACUGCACCUUUUCAUCAGUAAAUUACCGAGAGGGAGGGGCGAUGCUGAGAUUCUUUACGGGCAUGAUGAGGACUCCGUUUCUGUGUUGCAAGGUUCGGUAAAUGUGAAGUAUUGCUUUGUGGUUGAGGUGUUGAAAGAUGAGACGCCGAAUCUUGGCACACAGGGUGAACGGGAUACGGGGAAAGGGAAGGAAUUGGAUGGGGAGGAUGGGAAGGGGAAGAAAUUCGGAUGGAGAGAGCAGAGGUGGACUGCUGUUGAUGUGAUGGCUGAUGGGACGGGGUUCGAGGGUGCGUUUCAGGUGAAGGGGAAUAUGAGGGGGAUGGGGCUUGAGAGGGAGAGGAUUGGGGGGUUGACGGAUGUGGGGAAUGUGGCUAAGAUUUAUGGGUUUGGGGGGCGGAGAGUUUGA